UUUUUAUUAGGUGAUGGUUUAACUUACAAAAAAAACUGAAAGCAGAUUCUUAUUCUGAAACUAAAGGACUAAAAAUAGCUGUGUUUCUUUGAAUUACCACUCAUAGUCAAGAUUUUAUUUUAAAAUAAAUAAGGUCACUUCAUGCUCCUAUUGUGCUUUCUCCUUCAGCGUGCACUGAGCACCAUAAAAAAUGACAAUAACUUUCAUCAGUUGCUUCUUUACACUGAAGUUCUAUGGUUGUCAAAAAGAUUAUGUUUGACAAGUUGGUUUUCACAGGAACAACAGGAAUUGUAUAGACUCACAGUUUUGAAAAUGUUACUGGUUAUAUCAAGACAUUUUUUGCUGUCUAAAACUAUUGGGAAAAUCUAUGUAAAAUGACAUUCAAGAUUUUGAAAUAGAUCUCUAAUUGUGUUUACAAAGACAUCUGAAGAACUAAUUCACUUAGUGUCAAUUAUGGACGACAUGAAACAAAACUUGAAUGAACUCAGAACUGUCAUUAAAACUGAGAAGAUAGAAAGGUCUCUGCCUUUAGAGACACUGGAAAACAGUUUAACUGGUCACAUUUUCAAAUUUAUUUUCAAGGAAGAGGCACAGACAUCUGAAGAACAAAAACCCUCAAUGUUGGAUGACAUAAAACAAGACUUUACUAAUGAUCUGAAAAAUGUCAUGAAAAUUGAGAAGAUAGAAUCCUCUUUACAUUCAGAGACACCAGAAAUUACACCCACUGGUCAUAAUGUUGAAGAAUUUUCACCAGAAGAGACACUGUCAUCUGAAGAACAAAAUCCCUCAAUGUUGGAUGACAUUAAACAAGACUUUACGAAUGAUCUCAAAAAUGCCAUCAACAUAGAGAAGAUAGAAUUCAUUUUACAUUCAGAGACACCACAAAUUAUUUCCAUUGGUCAUACUAUUGAACAGUCAUUAGCAGAAGAGACACAGAAAAAAAAGGUAAAUCAGAUUCAAGAAAUGACUUUAAACCAAGAUUUGUAUGCUGAAAACACUUCUAAAAAAGAUUGGUAUGUUGGAAGCACAUCUAAAAAAGAUUUGUAUGCUGGAAGCUUAAAAGAUGAGGGACAUGUUUCUUACUACAAUCGAACCCACCAGCUGGUUAAUGCAGAGGAAAAAGCAGGACUAUUACAAAAGGGAACAGAAACAAUGUCUAGUUCAUUUAAAGCAAACAAAUGUAAGAUGAUUCCCUCACAUAAAAAAACAUUUAAAUCUGAACUUAGUCAGAAAGAAUUCCAUCAAUCUGAUCGCUUAAAAUCACAUGAGCUUUUACAUUCUGGUAAGAAACUAUUUAAAUGUACUAUUUGUCAAAAAGAAUUCAAUAAGUUUAAUAGCAUAAAAAAACAUUUAUUUGUUCAUUCUGAUAAAAGGCCAUUUAAAUGUAACAUUUGUCAGAGAGAAUUUAGGCAGUCUAAUCACUUAAAAUCCCAUAAGUUAAUACAUUCUGAGAAAAAGCCAUUUCAAUGUACAAUUUGUCAGAAAGAAUUCAAUCAGUCUCAUCAUUUAAAAUCCCAUCAGCUUAUACAUUCUGGUAUAAAGCCAUUUAAAUGUAAUGUUUGCCAAAAAGCAUUCACUCAGUCAUCUGGCUUACAUAAACAUUUAUUGAUUCAUUCUGGUAUAAAGCCAUUUAAAUGUACAAUGUGUCAGAAAGAAUUUAGUCGGUCCACUUAUUUGAAAUGCCAUAUGAUAAAACAUUCUGAUAAAAAGCCAUUUAAAUGCACAAUUUGUCAGAAAGAAUUUAAACAUUCUACUAGCUUGAAAUACCAUGAGAAAAGACAUAGAGGUGAAAACCCAUUUAAAUGCAAAAUAUGUCAGAAAGAAUUCCAACAUUCUUCUAACUUGAAACGCCAUGAGGCAAUACAUUCUGAGAAAAAGCCAUUUCAAUGUACAAUUUGUCAGAAAGAAUUCAAUCAGUCUCAUCAUUUAAAAUCCCAUCAGCUUAUACAUUCUGGUAAAAAGCCAUUUAAAUGUAAUGUUUGCCAAAAAGCAUUCACUCAGCCAUCUAGCUUACAAAAACAUUUAUUGAUUCAUUCUGGUAUAAAGCCAUUUAAAUGUACAAUGUGUCAGAAAGAAUUUAGUCAGUCUACUGAUUUGAAAUGCCAUAUGAUGAAACAUUCUGAUAAAAAGACAUUUAAAUGCACAAUUUGUCAGAAAGAAUUUAGUCAUUCCUCUGAUUUGAAAUACCAUAUGAUAAAACAUUCUGAUAAAAAGACAUUCAAAUGUACAAUUUGUCAGAAAGAAUUCAAAUAUUCUAUUAGCUUGAAACGCCAUGAGGUAAUACAUUCUGGUGAAAAGCCAUUUAAAUGUACAGUUUGUCAGAAAGAAUUCCAUCAGUCUACUUGCUUAAAAUCACAUCAGCUUAUACAUUCUGGUAAGGAAAUAUUUAAAUGUACAAUUUGUCAAAAAGAAUUUUAUCACUCAGUUAGCUUAAAAAGACAUUUAUUGAUUCAUUCUAAUAAAAAGUCAUUUAAAUGUAAAAUUUGUCAGAAAGAGUUCAAACAUUCUUCUAACUUGAAACGCCAUGAGGUAAUACAUUCUGAUAAAAAGCCAUUUCAAUGUAACAUUUGUCAGAAAGAAUUCAAUCAGUCUUCAAGCUUUAAGUACCAUGAGAUGUUUCAUUCUUGUAAAACGUACAAGUGUGACAUGUGUCAACAAAUUUUGUUCACUAAAUCAUGUUUAGUAUACCAUCUGGCUCUUCAUUGUGGGAUACAUAUUAAACUUUUAAAAUGUCACAUGUGUCAGAAUUCUUUACAUCCUCAAGUUUUAUAAAACAUAUGUUUAUUCACUGAUAAACAUAACUUAACAUGAUUGUUAUGAAAAUUAUAUGCUGUAUCGGUUGUUGUUCUUAUGUUUAAAUGUGCUUGUAACUCGUCGGUAAGAAUGUGUUCAGGAAAUGUGUGUUGUGUAGUCAUUCAGUGUAUUAAAGCUAUACUUAGUGGACAUUUGUUUUCAAUCUGUUGUCAUUAUGUUCAUAACAAUAAUAUACCUUCCACAUAAAAAGUAAAGUAAAGUUCCCCUUUCAGACCUUGUGGUGUAUAGGGCAGAUGAUGUAAAGGUCAUCUGUUUCUGCGGUUUAUGAGGGUGUCAUGGCCAGCACAACGACCAACAUUGUCAACAAUGUCAGGUAUCCAUUAGAGCUGGGUGGACUCCUGAAAUUAAAAGUCCCAGGAUUCAAACCCAGGACCCCCGGUUCGGAAGUCAAUCCCUUUACUGCUCAGCCACCAGGCCUCCACUUCCUACAUAGCUUUUUAAUAUGAAAUUUGAAGAUGCAAGUUAAUAUACACCCUGCUCAAAAGCUAUUUAAAUGUUAAAUAUUUUAGAGAAUUUAAGUGUUCCUUAAACUUGAAAUUACCAUUAUAUUUUAAUUCUGGUGCAAAAGCCACCAACCAGCUUCCUGCAGGCUUUUCAGCCCUGCUGAGUCUCUCCAACUGUCCAAAUGUCUUGUUUAUCUGCUUGGAAUCUACUUCCGAAUCUUGAUGCUAUGUAUUUCUGGUUGGUCUCUUCCUCUUUCCUUGGGAUUUAUAUUUAGAGAGCUUUUCUUGUAAUGUUAGAUGCAGUGUUCUAAAGGGUAUUUCCUAUCCAUCUGCAGACUGUCUGAAGGAUAUUUUUUUUUCAUUAUUAUGGCGUUUAUAUAGCGCUACUUUCAUGCUUAUAGCAUGCUCAGAGAUCAACUCUGCCCGAGUCGGGUAUCGAAACUCGAGCCCCCCUUCUAGGUAGCCAAGCCAAGUUCAAGCGCACUUAGCCUCUCGACCACGCUUCCCACAAUAGUUCUUUGAUACAGUUACUCAUUGGAGAUCUUGUUUGGCCAACAAAUCAUAAGAAUCUUCUUGAGGCAGGUAUUAAUGAAUAACUCGGAUUUUUUUUUUUCAUGGUGCUAACUGUGGUUCUCCAGAUCUCCUGCUUCAUAAAGUGAUAUUGGCUUAAAAAGAGCCUCAUAUUGGUAGUGUUGCUGGAUCCCCAAGUGUUAUUUGUCGUGCGCGCGUGAAGUUUUCUUUCUGUGUUUAAUAGUUGUGUUUUAAUGUAUUGGAAGUAGUUUGUAUUAGGCGCGUUUUGUUGUCUAGAAUAUUGUGUUUACGCCACCCUUAGUUCCCGCAGUAGAAAGAGCCUUUUUUAGCUACGGUCUUAGGCUUGGAGCUAUGGGAAAGAGUGUCGUCUUCUUGCCCUUGGAGCCGUGUCUUUAGCAAGCAUUGCUUGUGGUGUAUGAAGCUGCCGAUCUGUAUGGCGGCGAAAUGGAGUGUGCGUGUGGAAGGUGUGUUAUUGGUGUGUUGUUUGAACAACGAUUGAUGUAAUGUUAACCACCAUGAGAUGGAUUCACAUGGAAAUAACUUCUUAAUUAGCAAUUAGGUAUUAUUAAAUAUUCAUUAUUGUUUGAGUUGAACAAAUGUUGUUUAUUCAGUAACUAUUCAGUUGAAUGACUUUCAUUCGAUGUUCAUUUAUUUUGUAGUUUACAUUCUAGUACUCUUUGUUUUGGUUUACACUGUUCAGGUGUGUGUGUGGGGGGGGGGGAACCCGGAAAAGCAAUGAGCUUAUGUCCACCCCUAGAGCAGCAAAAUGAAACCCCACCUGACAGUAUUGGGGGCUCUGGGGAAAUGAGUAUUUAAGUCUUAACUUUGUGACCUUUGUGUACUUGAUUUUACCGCUAGGGCUAAUAUAUAAUAUACAGUAUAUAUGUAUGUAAUGUAAUUUUUUAAAAUUAUAAUUAAAUAUAUAAGAUUGUACAUUUAAGCCGUUUGAACGGUCUGAUGCUUUGUGUACAGCACACAAUAAACUAGUUGGGCAUCCAUUGUAUUUUGAUUAAUCGGAUUGUUUCCCCAGAUGUUUUAAAAACUAGCGUGCUAGUUAAUUAGUUUUUGACACUAGUGUAUAUAUAUAUAUAUUCUCACCAACGCCUGAAUCCUCUGAAUCUGAGCGGCAACGUGUGAGUGAAUUGAGUGCCUGUCGACGGGAUCGACCUGAAACUGUGUGUCUUGUUGGCUGGUGUACCGGAACCGUCCUGAAGUUAGAACCGCUGGUCUGCUCCAGUGGCUUAGGCUGUCUAUGGCUUUUUUCUUCUGUGGAGUGAGACCAUCUUCUUCCGACGUGGGAUGCUGAGCAGAUAAGUCCUUGGCCCUGUCAUUGUCGAUAUGCCCAUGGUUUCAGUUCGCCCCUUUGUAAUGUAGUAAGAUAAAAAAAAAUUCUUUGUGAUCUAAAUUUAGUAUUUGUUAGUGAUAAACAGUUAGAGCAUGUAAUUAUUAUUUAAUAGUCUAUGUAAUGGAGACGAGGUUAACUCUAACCGACCAGUUCAUCAGUGACGGCCGUGCUCUCGGGUAUGAUGGUGAGAGGUUGGCGAGGUAUGUUGCGGAGCAGAAGGAUCACUAUGAGAGAGCGCGAGGAAAGAGGCGAAGGCAGAUGAGGAAGCCAGACUUAAGCGUGAAGAGAGGCUUAAGAAAGAGCAAUACGAACGAACGUGGGGAGAAGGCCAGGCGUGAUGAACGAGAGGUGGAAGGAGAGAGAUGCUAGGGAGGCGCUCAAGAAAAAAGAUAAACUGGAACUGGCACGGCUUACAGAGAAGUCUGCGCCAGAGGCAGGUGCAGUGGCAGGUCAGGCAGUUGAGGUGCGACAUAUAAGUGUCUUGGACAGGCUAGACAAGAACUUCCAAGGCAUGAAGGAAGAUGAUGACCUGCUAUCGUACCUGGCGCACUUUGAGGCCGUGGCAUCGAGAUGCAAAAUUGAAACUAAAGAGUGGCCCCUGCUGUUGUCAUACAAAUUUGACGAUAUCACUUAAAAACAUUAUGUUGAGAACAGUCGGUAAAUAUGAGGAUGUCGAAACGGCACUUCUACGCCACGCUGACAUCAACGCGGAGACAUGCCGUAAAAGGUUCCAUCGGGUCAAUCCACGGCAAAAUGACUUCAGGGAGAUGUGAGCUGAGGACCGCACUGGUGCAAGAUGGCCGAGGUCGAUUGCUACGAGAAUCUCAUGAUUAUCAUGAAAGAUAGGAUACUACAAAAUGUAUCGGGGGAAAUGUACCGCCAAAUUGUUAUCAAUAAACAAAAUACUGUGGAGAACAUGUUAGACAUCAUAGAGGGAUUUAAGGUCGCAAAUUCGGGGGCGUCGUUUGCCAAAGAAGAAAGCUUAUAUGUAGCGGCGGCGUGUAGCGAAGCAGUUAAUCGUGGCCCGGUCGUUCAAAGAAAAGUCAUUGUUUGCUUUGGGUGUGUCAUGAAAAGCCACAAGUCAGUUGAAUGCCCUCAACGUUCGCCGGUAGCUAACUCCACCCUUGUUGCUGAUGGAAGGUCUAAAAAAGCACCCGCAAUCCCUGCAAACUCUCACCCAAAUAGAAAUGUUUCAUUGGGGCGCUAUCGGAGACAGUUUGAUGGUAGUGGGCGCAGAAUCCGCGGCAAGAGCACGAGACGACAAAGUUAUGAUACGGAUGGGCGCCCUCCCGAUAACGGAUACGGAAGGUAAGGCGUACCCACCGAGACCCAACUAUAAUAACAGGACCUUUGGCCUACCGGUUAGGUACAAAUGACUGAAUGGUCCCCAUGAUGUUCAAAAUUGCUGUAAUUGUUUGUUGGGUAAGGGACUUGAUUGUUUCUCCCCUUGUAAAAAAAAAAAAAAAAGUCAUAUAUGGACAAAUUCUUGCGUGGUAGAUCGGUAGGCAAGUUUGAAAGUGGUCGAGUAAAUAGUAAAGUUGUGUCUGUGCUGAAAGAUUCUGGUUCGAGCGUGAUAGAUAUUAGGAGUUUGUUAGUUGGCAAGAAAGAUAGGAUUCCUGGGAGUUAUAGGUUGAAACUGGUUGAUGGGACUGUUAGGGAUGACCCGUUAGCGUGUGUUUAUAUUGAGACAAUAUAUUGUUGGUAAAUUUGAAUAGCAUGUUUUAGGGAUCCAGUGGCAGACUUAAUUCUUGGAAAUAGAUUUGAACGUGUGGUGAAAUAGUUACUAUUUGUUUAUGUUUGUGUAACGUCGUGAGAAUGUGUUUACAACAUUGAUUUAGUGUGCUACAGUCCAAGUCUCUUUCGUCAGUUCAUGUGUCGUUCUAGUUAAAUAAAGCCUUGUUUUAGGUUACUCUUCAGUGUUUCUUUAUUCCUUAUUACAGAACGGUGGCAGUCAAUUGGGUUGUGCAGCUGUAACUAGGGCGAUAAAAGAGAAAGAAAACAGAAAACGAUGACAGUGUUAUGAAUGACAGUGGAGUGCUGGAAGAUUGUCGUGAUGUUCUAGGUACAAGUGAUGACUUUUUACGUGAGCAAUUGAGUGAUCCGUCUUUGAAAGAUCUUUGGGAGCGGCAGGUAGAUAACUGUGUGGAUAAUAAGAAGAAUGGAUGUGUAGAAUUUAAAGUAUUUGAGAGAUUGUUGUAUAGAGUAUUUAAGGGAGAAUUUGGUGAGGAUGAGAGACAGUUGGUUGUACCGUCGUCCAAAAGGGAACUUAAAAAAAAAAAAAAAACGCAUGAGAGUAUGCUAGCGGGUCAUUUCUUAAUAAGGAAAACAAAAGGCAAAAUUUACAAAUAUUUUUUUUUUGGCAAGGGUUAGACAGUGAUGUGAAAGAGUUUGUGAAAUCUUGCGAUGUGUAUCAGAAAGCUAGAACACCGCGUCGUUGUGACAAAGUGGAGCUUGGUCGUAUGAAUGUGAUUUCCACUCCGUUUUUUAAAAUGGCAGUUGACAUUGUUGGCCCAUUGGAGUUGACAGAGAAUAAAAAAAAGGUUUAUUCUAACCUUGGUGGAUAUUGCUACGAGAUGGCCGGAAGUAAUACCACUCCAUAAUGUAAAUACAGAGACGGCAAUCGAGGCACUAACCACCAUAUUUAGCCGAAUCGGGCUGCCGUGCGAAAUGUUAUCGGACCAGGGGGGUCAAUUUUCUUCGGGACUAUAUAACCAGGUGUGUGAGUUCUUGUCAAUUAAACCGUUACACUCCGCUGUGUACCACCCCAACUCGAAUGGUCAAAUUGAGAGACUGAAUAGGUUUUUGAAGUCGUUCCUAAGAAAGGUUACUCAAAAUAGCCCACGGGACUGGGAUAGAAAGAUAACCGCUGCUCUAUUUGCAUAUAGAGAAGUUCCUAAUGAGACAACUGAUGUGUCUCUGUUCCAACUUGUUUAUGGUAGACAAAUGAGGGGCCUAUUUUAAAACGAGCAUUUACAGAUUAAGAGGAUGAAACUGAAUCUGAAAAUUUGUUUAGUUACCUAUUAGACUUAAAAGAGAGGCUGUCUGUUGUUACCGCUAUCGCUAGUAGCAAUGACUAGGUGAAUAAAAGUAAAUACAAAGUCCAAUAUGACAAAUAUUCAUUCACUCGUGACAUAGAUGCUGAAGAUUGUGGGUUGGUUCUAAAACCGCAUGGAGACAAUACGUUGUCUGUAUUUUGGCAGGGUCCAUUCCAGGUUGUCAAAAAAAAAUUCAAAGUUUGACUUUCUGGUAUAGAAAGAUGAGAAGCUGAAAGUGUACCAUAGAAAUAGGCUCAUGAAAUACCAUUGUCGGGUAGGAAAAGGGGAAAAUGUGGUUGUUAAUAAUUCUAUUGGUUCUGCGUCUAUCAGCCAAUAUGGUGUCUGUCGUGAGCGACGAAGACGCAGAUACUGAAAGGUUGUCUAAAGAAGAUGCGCUGCCUAACAUUCCAACGUUGGAAGCUAGCCAGAAGUCAGACGGGAAUAUCUUUGCGCAGGUCAAAAUAAAUCCCGAUCUUAAAUCUGUACAGAAUAAAACAAAUUGAUGAUAUUCUUAAUGAGUUUAUGGAUAGGCCUAUUAAUUCAGAUUCGCCUGGUAGAGCCAACGUAGAUAAAUUUACUAUUACAUUAAUCGAUACAAAGCCUAUUGCAUUAAAGCCAUUCGCGGUUCCCAUACAUAUGAGGGAUAAAGUUAAACAAGAAGUUGACAGCGUGCUUGAAUUAGGAAUGAUAGGUCCCACGAACUCGCCAUAUGCAGCCCCUGUAGUCAUCAUUAAAAAGAAAGAUAGGUCGUUAAGACCAUGUAUAGACUUCAGAAAACUGAACAAUGUAAUUCAGAUCCUGGCAGAAGUGAUACCGGAGCAGGAGGAGUUGUUUAAUAAAUUGUAUAAGGCCAAAUAUUUUACUUUGGUUGAUCUUACCAAAGGUUAUUGUUAUUAGUGAGGAAAGUAAACCAUACACAGCGUUUCGUGUAUUGGGGGAGCAUGAUAUGUUUCACUAUCUACCUUUUUGGUUAAGUGGUGCCCCAAACCAUUUUAAUAGGGUCGUAAAACGUAUGUUGCAAGGUUUGCACUGGAAUCAUAAGUGCGCGGAGGUUUUGAGCAGGGUGCAGGCGUACAAAGGAAUCUGCGGUAUACUGAGCCAUUUUGUAAACGGUGUUCUGCGUCCCGUCAAGUAUGUGAGUCGAAAGUUGUUGCCUCGGAAGCAGAGGUAUUCGAUCAUCGAGAGAGAAGGUUUGGCUAUCGUAUUUGCCAUUAAAAAACUGGACAAAUACCUGGCGUGAAGUUUCACCUUCAAACUGACUACAAGGCCUUCGCGUAUCUCCGGAGCACGAACUUUACGAACCACCUAGUUACGAGGUGGGCUCUGGUGCUCCGUGACUACACCUUCAAUGUGUGUCACAUCAAAGGAGAGGACAAUAUACUAGCGGACUUGUGCUCAAGACAUGUGUGAUUCUCGUAUAAAAACCAUUUUAGUAUAGAUUUUGCUGUGUAUUUUAUAUAUAUAUAUAUAUAUAUAUAUAUAUAUAUAUAUAUAUAUAUAUAUAUAUAUAUAUAUAUAUAUAUAUAUAUAUAUAUAUAUAUAUAUUAUAUGUAUAUGUAAAACCUAUUUAUUAUUUUGUUUAUGUAUUGCAAUGUUCUAAUAUUUUCAUGAUGGGUGUUGUUUUUUGCGACAUUAUCUGUUUGAAUAGUUGCUUAUUCUUGACUAUCUGAAGGUUGUGUUUUUCAACUUCAAGUUGGUGAUGUUUCCUAAUUCGUUUUGCAUAUUCCGGUUGUCUAUGUAGUUCAGUUUUCAAUAUCUCUUUGAAGACUGGACUUGGCUUCGCAAGAUCCAGUUAGGGGGAGAAGGGGGAUGUCGUACGCAUCUAGACGUUCUUCUUGUGUACUGUUUUCUUUUAUGCACCUUAAUGGUUUGUGUGAUAGUUCCUAAGGACGCGCUAUGUUAAUGUCAUUGCUUCUGUUGCGCUGAUCUUUCGCUGAAGUUUUCUUUUGUAUUUUCAUCUCCGGUAUUGGGUAAGUUAUUUUAUUUUGCUUUAUUCUUCGCGUUGUAGUUUUGAAAUCGUUAUUACUAUAAUAUUGUGAAUGGCGGUCACAAGAAAUGUAUAAUUUUCUUGUUCAGGGACGCAGGUUUGGUCGUUUUGGCGACGGGACGUUUUGGCGCGAAAUACAUUAUGUACGUUUAUUGUAUUAGUUCUUUUAAAAGAAUUAUACAUAUCUAUGUUUUGCAUGAGUGUUUGUGUUAAGACAUAUUAUUCACGUACUAAAUGUAAAUGUGUGUUUGUUUUUCACAUCAUUUUCUUUAAUAAACAUUUGCUUGUGUAUGUGUGUUUAUUAAGAGGCACACUUUUAUUUUCAAAAAAGUUGUUUUUUAAGAUAUUACUUUGAAAUUUAAAAAAAAAAAAAAAUGAAACGAUGAUAGACUAAAAAUUGAUGCAAUUAUUUGUUUACAUUAACAUUGAUUUAUUUAAUGACUGUAUGGUAUCUCCAAACAUACCAAACACUUGCAAAUAAUAAGUAAAAAUAUAAUACAUGUACCAUGUUACUCAAAAUACUUUCAGUGAAGUAUACAUAGAUACCAUGGUUAUUUGCCUAAGUCGCUGGAAUUCGUCUUACGCGUGAGAGAGGGGAGGGGUGGAGGAAAGAGUAUAUACAAGGAGUAAAAUGUGAGCAGAAGAGAGGGGGCGGGAUAGGUGUCACAUGUAAUGACCAUUCCCAAGGAGAUGAUUGCCAGACUCAUGACGCCAAUGACCGGUGCUCGGUGCUGGUCUUGUCUUCAUUUGUGUCAAUGCGAGAUGUGUCACCCAAAUCACCCCUACCCAAUUUCUCAAAAUAUAUCUUUUCAAAGUAUCUUAGUGUCGUGAAUUUGUUUCUAUCUAUCGUCGCCCCUAGUGUUUGUUUACAUUUGUGGAUUCACGUUAGAGUUUGUACUGACCACAUUCCGUGUCUUGAUCUUUACUAUGUGUGGAGUUAUUGUCGUCAUUCAGCGUAAUAGAGCUUUAGAUGUUAACAUGGUUUUUGUUAUAUUAAAGUGUGACACUUAGCUAGUUGGUAUAUUACACUAAUGUCAAAUAAAAAAAAUCUUUUGGAAAGAAAUCCAAAAAUGUCAUCCAGUGCGGUUAUCAGAACCCCCCUAAUAGCAUGUCAUUACCAUUCAGGAAUUUGACUUAUUAUAGGCCUAUAGUCAUGAAAUAAGCAAAACCUUUAUAAUUAAAAAAAAAAAAAAAAUUCGCUGAACUGUGUUAGAAUUCAUACUAUACAUACAAUAUUAUGGUAGAGUGAAACAUUGUUAUAAAAGCUACGUGCUUAUUAAAUUUUCGUCAAAUGAUAUCUCGCGCCAAAACGGCCCGUCGCCAAAACGGCUCGCGCCAAAACGUCCCGUCGCCAAAACGUCACGUACCGUCAAGCUUGAUCUGUGAGAUACCGGUACAUUACUUGUGGCCAUCGUGAAGUCAGUUCGACUGUUGCUUUAUUUAGGUUGAAUGACUUGUUUAACGUGUAUUUGACAUUGUCAUUUAUUAUUGUGUACAUACUCAUCACUCAGGUCAUAUUAUAUCGUCUACUCAUUAAACUGUUAUCAGUUAAA